CUUGGGAGAGAGGACGCCAUGGCCGCCAAGGCGGAGGUCCUUGCCUUGCAGGCUGAAGUUGCCCGGCGUGAGAAGGAACUGAGUUCCCUGAAGCAGAGACUGGCGGCGGCUCUCUUGGCGGAGGAAGAGCCAGAGCAGCCGGUUCCGGUGUCGCCCCUGCCGCCGAAGACCGCCCUGACCCGUGAGGAGAUCCUGCGCUACAGCCGGCAGCUCGUGCUGCCGGAGCUCGGCGUGCAGGGGCAGCUGCGCUUGACCACCGCAUCCGUGCUGGUCGUGGGCUGCGGGGGGCUCGGCUGCCCGCUGGCGCAGUACCUGGCAGCGGCCGGCGUAGGCCGCCUUGGCCUUGUGGACUACGACGUAGUAGAAAUGAGCAACCUGCCCCGCCAGGUGCUGCACGGCGAGGCGCUGGCCGGCCAGGCCAAGGUCUUCUCGGCUGCCGCCUCGCUGCGCAGUCUCAAUUCGAAGGUGGAGUGCGUGCCUUACGCCCAGGCUCUGACGCCAGCCACUGCUCUAGACCUAGUUCGUCGUUAUGACGUGGUGGCGGACUGCUCCGACAACGCGCCCACUCGGUACCUGGUGAACGACGCCUGUGUGCUGGCGGGCCGGCCUCUCGUAUCUGCCAGCGCCCUGCGCUUCGAGGGCCAAAUCACAGUCUACCACUACGACGGCGGGCCUUGCUAUCGCUGCGUGUUUCCCCAGCCACCUCCAGCGGACACGGUGACCAAUUGCGCGGAUGGCGGGGUGCUCGGUGUCGUCACCGGGGUCCUGGGCUGCCUGCAGGCGCUGGAGGUGUUGAAGAUCGCCGCAGGUCUGGGCCCCUCUUACAGCGGCAGACUGAUGCUCUUUGAUGCUCUCCGGGGGCGUUUCCGCUGUAUUCAGCUUCGGAGCCGCAGGCCCGACUGUGCAGCUUGCGGGGAGCGGCCCACUGUGACCGACCUGCAGGACUACGAAGCCUUCUGUGGCUCCUCGGCCACCGAUAAGUGCCGCUCCCUGCAGUUGCUGAGCCCGGAGGAGCGAGUUUCUGUCUCUGACUAUAAGCGAGUUCUGGAUUCUGGGUCUCCCCACGUGCUGCUGGACGUCAGGCCUCAGGUGGAGGUGGACAUCUGUCGUUUGCCUCAUGCCCUACACAUCCCUUUGAAACAUUUGGAACGGAGGGAUGCGGAGAGCCUGAGACUCUUAGGAGAAGCAAUCCUGAAAGGGAAGCAAGGCACACAGGAAGGAGCAGCUGUCCCCAUUUACGUCAUUUGCAAACUGGGCAACGAAUCCCAGAAAGCCGUGAAGAUCCUGCAGUCCUUGACGGCAAUCCAAGAGUUAGGCUCUGUAACGGUUCAGGAUGUUGUGGGGGGGCUCAUGGCCUGGGCUGCCAAAAUUGAUGGGACAUUUCCGCAGUACUGAGGUGGCUGAUAGACAUGGCCUGACCUGAGAAAGAUGUGCAUUGUCGUGUUAUCUUAAAGAUAAUGGCAAUUUAUUGGAUGGUAUAAUUGUUAAUGGAUUAUAAUUCUGUCUCUGACAACUGCCUUGUGUUUUCAGCACUUGAAGGCUGUCUUGAACACGUGGCCUAUACUGUAAUGGACAGGAUUUUGUGCUUUAAUCUGCGGAUCAUUUGCCUGUCUUGCUUUUAUUCCACCUCCAAUCAAAAAACUCUCUAAAUGGUUUAUUUUAUGCCUGGAAUUAAGUUGUUGUAAACUUAAAUAUCUUACUGAAUUGAUCAUAGAUGAUAUGCUUAAGAUCAGUUUAUCGUUUACUAAAGAUAUCCUUUGGGUCUUAUUUCUACUUCAAAUGACAGAAUAUGUAUUACAAAAAUAAGUGUUAAAGAUGUACAUUGUUUUAAUUAUCUGGAAAGUGGUAAUUCUAUAUAUUAAAUAUUUUGAAUUCAUGUCAAAAUGAAAUAUUUACAGGUUAGCAAGAUAAGACACUUUCAUAGUAUGUCAGUUUCUGUUACAAACUCCUGAUUUUUUUUUUCCUUAAAGUUGGCUUCAGGGUCCAUCUUAUGUUGUGCUCGGAACAUUUUCUAAACUGUAUUACAGUUUGGCUUGCUUUGGAAUCUUCAAGUCCAAGUUCCAACCCUCUGCCCUCCUCCUGUCCUUCCCUGUUCAAUCUGUUACAAACAUUUCCAUGAAAUGGCAGGUACUCUGCCCAAUUUCCGAUGUCUACAACAAAAUUAAAAGCUUGGUAUGUGAGUAUGUGGCAGUGGUAAAUUGGGGAGGAAAAGCCUUGUCACAGGGCACCUCUCCUCUCCAGCUGCCUUUUGCACGCAGGCUUACCUACCACCAGAAA